AAAAAUUUUGUUUAAUAAAACUCUCGCAACAGUUGACUGCAUGUGAAGUGAUUGUGUUAUUAGUAUUUGUUUUAUAAAUAAUUUUUUAGUCAAAAAGUGAUAUCUAUUUCAUUAGUAGUUAGUGCUGUGAACACAUCAUACCUUUGCCUACCUGUCCAUACCAUAUAAGAGUGACACACAAUGGAAGUCAACUAUACCUACGAUAUCGUGGACAUCGCCAAAACGUUUCACAAUUUUAAGCACUUGAACCUUAACCUACAGGAGCUUCAGAAUAGGACAUUCGACCCCAGGAGCCCGGACUACCUGAAAAGUAUCGGUGUGUUUGCCGCCUGGCCUAUACUGGCCCUACUCAUCAUCCUAGUCCUAUACUUAUUGAUAUCGCUAUUCGUGUGCUGCUGUUGUUCUGGUGAUAAGAAACGAGAGGUCAAAAAGUGA